CUCACAAUGGUUCUAGAAGAAAUCGAGACAAGUCUUAUCAUGUGGUUUUCCUACGCCUUGAUUCCUUGUUUUCUCGUGGAUGGAGUGGCUGUUCUGCCUGCCCCUCAGAACCUCUCUGUACAAUCAACCAACAUGAAGCAUGUCUUGACGUGGAGCCCAGUGAUUGUGCCUGAAGAAAUAAUACACUAUUCUGUCGAGUACCAAGGAGAGUACGAGAGCCUGUACAUGAGCCACAUCUGGAUCCCCAGCAGCUGGUGCUCGCCCACCCAAGGGCCCGAGUGUGACAUCACUGAUGACAUCACUGCCACUGUACCGUACAGCCUCCGGGUCAGGGCCACCCUGGGCUCACUGACCUCAGCCUGGAGCACGCUGAAGCACCCCUUUAAUCGAAACUCAACCAUCCUCACCCCACCUGGGAUGGAGAUCACCAAGGAUGGCUUCCACCUGGUUAUUAAGCUGGAAGACCUGGGGCCACAGUUUGAGUUCUUCGUGGCCUACUGGAAGAGAGAGCCUGGUGCCAAGGAACACGUCAAGAUGGUGAGGCACGGGGGCAUUCUGGUGCACCUGGAAACCAUGGAGCCAGGGGCUGCACACUGCGUGAAGGUCCGGACGUUCGUGAAGGCCAUCGGGAGGCACAGUGCCUUCAGCCAGACAGAAUGUGUCAAGGUGCAAGGAGAGACCCUGCCGCUGGCACUGGCUCUGUUCUCGUUUGUGGGCUUCAUGCUGAUCCUCGUGGCUGUGCCGGUCUCCGUCUGGAAAAUGGGCCGGCUGCUCCGGCACUCCUGUUGCCCCUCCGUGAUGCUCCCCGACACCUUGAAAAUAACCAAUUCCCCCCAGAAGCUAAUCAGCUGCAGAAGGGAAGAGGUAGAAGCCUGUGUGGCGGCCGGGCUGUCUUCUGAGGAGCUCCUUAGGGCCUGGAUCUAG